AUGGAUGAUGAGCAUAACCGCAAUCUGGGCCCGGGAAAUCAGCCAGCACCAGGAAUCAGCGGACAACGAGUUCAGCAACCACCUGGAGUGAACACCCAGCGCACCGGAUCGCAGCAGAAUCAUCACCCACAGCCAAAUCCUUCGCAUCCAGCUCCAAAUCCGCAACCGGCACCAACCGAAGCAAUUUUCGCCCACCUUUUCCAACAGCAGCAGACUUUCGCACACCAGCUCAUGCAGCAACAGCAGGAGUUCAUGCAGCAGCAGUACCUCCAAACCCUGAUGAUGAUCCUGGAUUCGCUGGCGAACAACAUUAAAGAGUUUUGCUACGAACCAGAGGGAAGCGUCACGUUCGCUGCUUGGUACGCCAGGUACGACGACCUGUUUGAAAAAGAUGCUGCUCGCCUAGACGAUGAGGCCAAGGUCCGCUUGCUCAUGCGGAAACUGGGUGCUGCGGAACACGAGCGAUACGUAAGUUUCAUCUUACCGAAGGUUCCGAAAAACUAUCCGUUCGGUGACACAGUAAAAAAACUGAAAACGCUUUUCGGUGCUGUCGAGUCCGUUGUAAGCAAACGGUAUCGCUGUUUGCAAAUUGCAAAGCAACCUACCGAAGAUUUAAUUUCGUUUGCCUGUCGAAUCAACAAGAGCUGUGUUGAGUUCGAAUUGAGCAAGAUGACCGAAGAGCAAUUCAAAUGUUUGAUGUUUGUUUGCGGUCUGAAAUCGGAGGGAGAUAGCGAAAUACGAACAAGAUUGCUUUCGAAGAUAGAGGAGCGGACGGACGUCACACUCGAACAGCUGUCAGCGGACUGUCAACGAUUGUUGUGUCUGAAGCAUGAUACGGCAAUGAUCGAAUCGCCAACGUCAGCAGCAGUGCAGUUCGUCAAACGUAAGCAAUUCAACAAGUAUCCACCGAAGCCCAGCAUCGGAUCCGCUGGAACCGGAACGAAACAAGCCAGGAACGUGCCAGCAUCACCCUGCUGGAACUGUGGAGCAAUGCACUUUAACCGGGACUGCACGUAUAAGCAACACAAGUGCAACGAUUGCGGUCUCGUCGGCCAUCGUGAGGGGUAUUGCUCGAGCGUUCGGAAAAACCCCAAAUCAUCGGCUUUCAAGUCGAAAGGCCGACCGAAAACUGUCUCAACGAAAACAGUAAGUCUUCUGGUAAAUACCGUUAACAAAAAGCGUAGUUUCGUUCAAGCUCAAGUCAACGGAGUGGAUGUACGUCUUCAGUUAGACACUGGAUCUGACAUCAGUGUUGUGUCAAAGCGGAUCUGGGAGAAAGUUGGCAAGCCACCGAUAAUGCCAUCUACGGAACGAGCCGCAACAGCGUCAGGAGAUCCGUUAAAGCUACUUUUCAAGUUCGUCUGCACCGUAUCAAUCAACGGUGAGCAACGCCAAGCACAAUUCUACGUGGUGGAGAAGUCCCUUCAGCUGCUAGGGAUCGACAUGCUCGAUGCUUUCGGAUUGUGA